AUGGCCGAGAAGGCACAUUUUGAAGACUUUAGCGAAACCUCGGACCUGCCGUCAUCGUCCCUUGACGAUGGGGUACUGCCUAGAAAGGGCUCCAUGAUGAAGAGGCACCGUUGGGGUACGCAGCGUAACAAGAAGGGUGUCCCGACUGUUGGGAGAACACGGACGCUAAGAUGGAAGAAUAGAUUUGACAUUGGAUUCAAGCCAAACCAUGACGUGCAUAACGAUGACGAUUCAGAGGAAGAUGAAGAAGACGCUGCAAAGAAUAGACAGAGUGAAUUUAGAUCUGUCUACUUGAACAUGCCACUGCCUCAAGAGAUGGUGAAUGACAAUGGUGAUCCAAUUGCGUCGUAUCCGAGAAAUAAGAUUAGAACAACAAAGUAUACACCGUUGACAUUCUUACCAAAGAACAUCUUGUUCCAAUUCAGAAAUGUUGCCAAUAUUUACUUUUUGAUUAUGAUCAUCUUGGGUUUCUUUGACAUCUUCGGUGUUCCAAAUCCAGGUUUAUCUACCGUGCCCCUUAUUGUGAUUGUCAUCAUCACAGCUAUAAAGGAUGCCAUGGAGGAUUCCAGAAGAACGAUGUUGGAUAUGGAGGUGAAUAACACUCCAACCCAUAUCCUUCAUGGAAUUGAGAACUUUAACGUUUCAGAGGAUAACGUUUCGAUGUGGAGAAGGUUUAAAAAAUGGAACACCCGAAUGGUUAUAAAAUUCUUUAGAUGGACAAAUAGAACUUUUACCAAGACUGGAAAGGAAAAGGCAAGGUUGGAGAAGUUGGCACAGGAAACUAUGAAUAUGAGAAAAUCAUUUGAUUCCUUUGAGGGUGGUCGUAAAUCUAUGCAGUUGGAUGACUUUAGACGCUCAUUGGAUAACCCAUUUGAUGAUUCUCAUAAAGCAAUUGAUCCAAACGAAUCCAUUAUCGAUCCAGGCAUGACAAUCACUUCGGCAAAUACAGAGGCUCAGUUUAAAAAAGACUUGUGGAAAAACGUUAGAGUCGGUGACAUUGUCCGUGUUCACAACAACGACGAAAUCCCUGCAGAUAUCAUCCUCUUAUCAACUUCAGAUGCCGAUGGUGCCUGUUAUGUUGAGACAAAGAAUCUUGAUGGUGAAACAAACUUGAAAGUCCGUCAAGCGUUGAAAUGUGGCCAGCAAAUCAAGCAUUCACGUGAUGUGCAGAGAUCUAAAUGUUGGAUUGAAAGUGAAGGUCCCCAUGCAAACUUGUACAACUACCAAGGUAAUUUGAAAUGGUACGGUGAAGAUGCACAGAUCAAAAACGAACCAAUCAACAUCAACAAUAUGCUGUUAAGAGGUUGUUUCCUAAGAAACACCAAAUGGGCGUUGGGUAUAGUCAUUUUUACAGGUGCUGAUACAAAAAUCAUGCUUAACGCUGGUGAAACACCAACAAAAAAGUCAAGAAUUUCGAAAGAUUUGAACUACACAGUGCUUUUGAACUUUGCGUUGCUUUUCAUUCUUUGUUUCAUCUCUGGUUUGGUUAACGGUAUCUCAUAUAACCAGGAACUCAAUUCUCGUCGUUAUUUCGAAUUUGGUACCAUCGCAGGAUCUUCUGCGGCCAAUGGUAUUGUCAGUUUCUUCGUUGCAGUUAUCUUGUACCAAUCGUUGGUCCCUAUCUCGCUUUACAUCUCCAUCGAAAUUGUGAAGACAGCACAGGCGUUCUUUAUCUACUCUGAUGUCAAUAUGUAUUACGACAAGUUGGAUUAUCCGUGUACACCGAAGUCCUGGAAUAUUUCAGAUGAUUUGGGUCAAAUCGAGUACAUCUUUAGUGACAAGACUGGUACGUUGACCCAAAACGUUAUGGAAUUUAAAAAGUGUACAAUUAAUGGUAUAUCUUAUGGUCGUGCAUAUACUGAGGCCCUUGCAGGUUUAAGAAAGAGACAAGGUGUUGAUGUUGAAGAAGAGUCUUCUCGUGAAAAGGCUGCAAUCGCUGAAGAUAAGGAGAUUAUGAUUCAAGAUUUGUACUCCAUUUCUCCAAACAAAAGACUUAAACCUGAAGACGUUACAUUCAUUUCGAAGGAAUUUGUCCAGGAUUUGAAAGGUGCUCGUGGUGCCGAACAACAGGCUGCUGAUGAACAUUUCAUGCUUGCUUUGGCACUUUGUCAUUCUGUCUUGGCAGAAGAGGAUAAAUCUGACCCAGAUAAGAUUAUUUUUAAGGCACAGUCUCCAGAUGAAGCCGCUCUUGUUGGUACAGCUAGAGAUGUUGGAUUCUGUUAUAUAAACAGCACAAAGAAGGGGCUGAUUGUGGAAGUUCAAGGUGUUGCCAAGGAGUACCAAGUCUUAAACGUGCUGGAAUUCAACUCCACGAGAAAGAGAAUGAGUGCAAUCAUUAAGAUCCCAUCUGAUGAUCCAAAUGGUGAACCAAAGGCUUUGCUUAUUUGUAAAGGUGCUGAUUCUAUCAUUUACUCUAGACUUAAAAAGAACUCUGACGAACAACUCUUGGAGAGAACAGCUUUACACUUGGAGGAGUAUGCAACUGAAGGUUUAAGAACCUUGUGUAUUGCACAGAGAGAGCUUUCUUGGGAUCAAUACCUUACCUGGAGUAAGAAACACGAGUCUGCAGCAGCUGCCCUUGUUAAGAGAGAAGAAAAGAUGGAAGAAGUUGCCGAUUCCAUCGAAAGAGAAUUGACACUUUUGGGAGGUACAGCUAUUGAAGACAGAUUACAAGAUGGUGUUCCAGAUGCUAUUGCUAUUCUGGCCCAAGCUGGUAUCAAACUAUGGGUCUUAACUGGUGAUAAAGUCGAAACAGCCAUCAACAUCGGUUUCUCUUGUAACUUACUUGGUAACGAUAUGGAAUUGUUGGUUGUGAAAACCAUUGGUGAGGAUGUUGAAAACAUAUCCAGAGAUCCAAGAUUAAUCGUUGCACAUUUAUUGGACAAAUAUCUUCGCGAGAAAUUUGACAUGGAUGGUACCUGGGAAGAAGUUGAAAAGGCCAAGGGCGAGCAUGAACCUCCACAUGGUAACUAUGGUGUUGUUAUCGAUGGUGAUGCUUUGAAGUUGGCUUUGCAAGGUGACAACAUGAGAAAAUUCUUGUUGUUAUGUAAGCAAUGUAAGGCUGUUCUGUGUUGCAGAGUCUCCCCAGCUCAAAAAGCUGCCGUCGUCAAGAUGGUGAAAGAGAACCUUGAGGUGAUGACUUUGGCAAUUGGUGACGGUUCCAACGAUGUUGCUAUGAUCCAGUCGGCAGAUAUCGGUGUUGGUAUUGCUGGUGAAGAAGGUAGACAGGCUGUUAUGUCCUCUGAUUAUGCUGUUGGUCAGUUCAGAUACUUGACUAGACUUGUCCUUGUUCAUGGAAGAUGGUCAUACAAGAGAAUUGCAGAGAUGAUCCCAAGUUUCUUCUACAAGAAUGUCAUUUUCACGGUUGCUCUGUUCUGGUAUGGUAUCUUCAACCAAUUUGAUGGUACCUACCUUUUUGAAUACACUUACUUGAUGUUCUACAACUUGGCAUUUACAUCCCUCCCAGUUAUCUUUAUGGGUAUCUUUGACCAGGAUGUGAACGAUGUUGUCUCCUUACUUGUCCCUCAACUUUACGUUGUUGGUAUAUACAGAACUGAGUGGACAAUGAAGAAGUUCUGGUGGUAUAUGAUUGACGGUGUCUAUCAAUCUGUGAUGUCUUACUUUUUGCCAUACUGUCUUUAUAAAACCGGUGGUAUCGUGUCUUUUAAUGGUCUUAACCUUGAUCACCGUUAUUGGAUUGGUACACUCGUCGCGUCCAUUGCGGUGAUCUCAUGCAACUUGUACAUGUUGAUUCACCUUUACAUGUGGGACUGGCUCUCUUCCUUGAUUAUUUUCCUCUCCAUUAUUAUCUUGAUUGCCUGGACUGGUAUUUGGAGUUCAAGUACUGCAUCUGCAGAAUAUUACAAAGCUGCUGCUCAAGUUUAUGGCAGUGUUGCAUUUUGGGCGUGCUUGUUUGUUGGUAUUCUUGUGUGUUUGAUGCCAAGAUUUGUUUAUGACUGUUGUCAAAAGUAUUUCUUCCCAAAGGAUGUGGACAUCAUCAGAGAGUGUGUUGCUAGAGGUGACUUCAGCCAAUACCCAAAGAGUUAUGAUCCAACAGAUCCAAAUAGACCAAAGAUUUCGCAGUACUCCACCAAUCACAUGCUCACGCACGCGACAGCUUCCCCAAAGACUCCAAGAUCCUCUAGAAUGUUUAGUAGAGGUUCCAAGAGAUCUAGUUAUCCUGCUGAUGAUCAACACUUAUCAACAGAGGAGAUUGCAAUGCAACUCGUUGAUGAUAAUGGCACCCCAAGAUUCAGAGAAAGAGGCCAGUUCAGUGAUAUUGAUAACCAUGACACUGACAAUUUCGAGCCAAGAACUUCGUUGGAAGUUACAAGACGCUCUAUGCAAAGAGAACGUCAAUUGGGUGAUGGCCGCAUCUCCAUUGAAAAUGCGAGAACUUCUCUAGACCUGCCUGGCUUGACCAACGCAAGGGAUUUGAUGAAGACAACAACCCGUGAAGACUACAGUUGA